UUCUCGCGAGACUCUGCCACAGCGCCCCCUCCCUGUGUUAAUGCGGAGAUAAGGGAGGAGAAGCAUUUAGCGCUAGCAGCUUUUUCAAACACAAACACAUUUCAGUCUCGCGCUCUGACUCUCAUUUUCCUUUCAGAUCCUGGAACGCAGGACGUGGACAUUAUUUACGGUCCUUUCCACCCGGAUUUUAUCAGUGAAGUGGGCUCUGUGUGUGGGGGAGAGAGAGAGAGGCUGAGGGAAGAAAAGCGGCCUGUUUUGUUCCUGAUCUCCGGAGCCGCAGCUUGCUUGCACUCCCGGUCCAAUCCAUCUCACCGUUUUUGUACAUGAUUUUUCCUUUUUGUGGUGUUUUUUGCGGCUUUGGAGAUUUAAUCGCAUGCAUUUUGUGCUUGUGUGUGCGCUGUGAGCGAGUCGGUGGUGCUGCUGGUUAGCGAGCGGAACCGAUUUUCGGCGCUUGAGGAGAACUUGGUGAAAAGCGGCCUGUUUUGUUUUUGCAACAGCGGCGCCAUGAACAAUACCACACACCGGGCUUAACGAGCUUCACCUGCUUCCGCUCUCCGGUGUGUGCGGGACAAACCUCGGCUGGAUAGUGGGAAAUAAUCCGGAGCUCUGUAUGAGAGAAGCGGAGGAGAGAUCUGGAGAUCCGGCCGUUUGAAUUCGGGAGCUUCGGUUCUGCUGCGCGCGCCGCCGUCUGACUUCCUGCGCUUUUUAAAAAAAAAACUAAAUUAAAACCCCCCUCAUGACUCUGUAAACAAACAGGUUUUUUUUCUGCACCUCAUUUCGGAUGUAUUUGGGACGCAACCGGAUCGCGUGUACUGCAUUUCUCCGGUUGUGAUUAUUUUUGCGUAUUUCCUGCCAUGGAAGCGAGAGCGCGCGUGCACGGAGCAGCGGCUGUAACGGCGGUGGACGUGCUGUGUGUGGAGGAGAGACGUUUCUGCGACAUCACGCCGCACGUGUGAGGGUUUUAAUUUCCAACUGACCGGGAGGACCGGGCACUGCGCCGUUAUUAACUUCGAACUUCUCAGCAGCGUGAGAUCAGAGAUUGUGUGGUGUUGUGUUUCCCCCUGAUCCUGACCCCUCUUCAGCCCUGUGCGGACAUGAACCCAGUAAACGCCACGGCUCUGUACGUGUCCGCGUGCCGCUCGGUGCUGUGCUGCGACCCCCGGGACCCGCAGGCUUUAUCCGAGCUCUACAAACUGCUGCCGUUCUUCAGACAGUCUCUGUCCUGCCUGGUGUGCGGGAAUUUGCUCCAGGAUCCAAUCGCACCAACCAACUCCUCGUGCCAGCAUUACGUCUGCAAAGCGUGCAAAGGAAAGAAGAUGAUGAUGAAGCCAUCAUGCAGCUGGUGUAAAGACUAUGAGCAGUUCGAGGAGAACAAGCAGUUGUGUAUUCUGGUGGACUGCUACAGGAAGUUGUGCGAGUACAUCAUGGGUUCUCCUCUGGCAAAGCACAUUUCCAGUGAAGUGGGCGGCGCCCCAGACAUCCUCGCUCUGCUGAAUGAGGGUCUCUCAUCAGACAGGGCAGGAGAUGAGAGUUUCUCCCUGAACCUGAUGCAGCACUCUCCUGCUCCCUCAAAUUCGGACACACCUUCUGAAGAGCACCAGUCCCCAUGCUCGUCUGAGAUCAAGCAGCAGCCGCCGAGCCCGGUGGGAGUUAAUGGCCUUCAGGACUGUAACGGGUUGAGCAACAUGGACGAGCUGACCGCCAGCCUGCCCUCCCCUCACACCAGUGUGACAGUGGAGGUGGGGAGUGAUGUGAAGCAGGAGAACUUCAGCAGUGAGAUUCCGGUGUGCGAAGCUGUCACAACAGCCGGGGAGGAGCUCUGUGCCUCCAGCAUGGAUAUGUGUGAAUUUGGAGAGGAUAUAAAACAUGCAGGUGGGACUCUCUUACUGAGCGUAGAGGAGGUGCUUCGGACUCUGGAGCCUGAUCCUGUUCCUCAGGUAGAGUGUUCUGCUAUUCUUCAGCCGAGCCUCGGGGUGUCAGGAAAUAUAAACAGACCCUUCGGCUGUUCAACUGCCUCAGCUGACGCUUCCCGCCCGCUUCCCUCGCUUCCCCUCGACUCUGCAGGGGUGUUGGCUCCCCAGCAUCCUCAUCACAACCCACAACCGUCCUCCGGAAUUUCCUGUUCCGCCGUAACUCCCAGAAUUCCACGUACAAAUCGUAAACGUUCGCGUUCUGAAAGUGACAGUGAGAAGAUCCAGCCCCUGCCCAUCUCCACUAUCAUCAGAGGCCCGGCUCUUGGUGCCUCAGUGCCCGUUCCUAUAAAGUGUGAACCUAAAGCUCCAGCGCUCGUCACACCAAACAUGGCCGCUGUCCCAAACGGUGGAGGACUUCCUAAAGUGGGCAAAGCUCUGAUAGUGCCCAAUAAACCCAUCAAAAAGAGUAUUGAGCAGCAUGGACCUAAAAAGGCGUACGCAAAGUCCAAACAGAGCGCCCCAAAAACAAAAGACAAGACAAAAGAGAGACUGGUGAGUAAUCCUCUGGUGCCAGGGAGUCCGACAAAGGUGGUGUACAAGAAGCCGCAGGAGAAGAAGGGCUGUAAAUGUGGCAGGGCCACCCAAAACCCAAGUGUUCUUACAUGUCGGGGUCAGCGCUGCCCCUGCUAUUCCAACCGCAAGGCCUGUCUGGACUGCAUAUGCCGCGGCUGCCAGAAUUCCUAUAUGGCCAAUGGCGAGAAGAAACUGGAAGCGUUUGCGGUGCCAGAAAAAGCCCUGGAACAGACGAGGCUCACGCUUGGCAUCAACCUCACCAGCAUCGCAAUGAAGAACGCCAGCAGCAGUGGGACUCCUGGCACGCUGAGCGUCACCUCAGCGGCAGGUUCACCCAUGGCCUCGUUCCUGGCGGCCGGGCCUCACGAGGACGAGGCGUUGGACAUGAGGUUUGACUGUUGAGCCAUGCACAAUGCUCUCAUUAUCGUGUGAACGCUUAUUCCUUAUUCCAGCCCGGCUCACUCGCGUCCCGGGGACGAGCCAGUGGAGUCGUCAAUAAGGCAGCUACUGUGAUUCUGUUCCAGUUCAUGUUAUUGAAUUAGUCAUUGCUGAAGCUUGUGCCUAUAAAUCACUUGUAAUGCGUGUUUUUUUUUUUUUUUUUUUAAAUUGUCUUACACACUAUUGUGACUUGAGUCAUGUUACUGUAAGUUGAUGGGAUUUCCCCCCCCCCCCCCAAUUUCAGUACAAGUGAUCUAUACGGCAUGAACUUUAGCAAAGAGAUGCCUGACCUCAUUGUUGAGGGUCAUGUUUAUGUGGAUUUGUGGAUGAUUUUCAGUUUGUAGGCUAGAAGACGAGACCUGUUGGAUGAAAUGGUACCUGCUACGGCAGUAGAGACUGGUUGUAUUUAUAAGCUUUUUUGUACACCAACUUAUGAAACCCGAUUUAAAAGUACAUUUUAUGAUAUUUUUUAAGUUACAUUAACUACAUUUGCAGUAUUUAUUGGGCAUCACUUAACAUAGAUUACAGGCCGUGUAGGGCUUCAUCAGGAUUUCUACAGAUGCAAUUCACUGAGAUGCAGUAUGUUUGGUUUCUGUCUAAAUUAUGUUGCAGUCCUGUUUGUGCUAGUUUAUGCUGUCUAAACCCCCCCUCCCCCCCUUGGGCAUUUAAAUUCCUGUAAUAUAAAUGUAACAUAUUUCCACAAAAAAUCAAAA